AUGGACCCGUCGCAGCAGAAGCCGCUCUCCGCCGUUCCCCCGCACGUCGUAAACGGCUCUACGCCCACCGAAUCGCGAGACCAGCGCGAGCGCGACAGCCUCUUCGCGUCGAUCCAGUCAUCUGCCAGCGCCCGUCAGCCCAUUGACCUCACCCACCCCAAUGGCACUUUCUCCAAACCUCAGACUCACAAGAUGGACCUCGUUCGCGGCAAAGCGCAUAUGGUGAAUGGCGUCGAGGAACACGCUCGUGACGCGAAGGACGAGGCCUCCCCACCUACGCCGCUGGCCACGAGUCGUCCCCAGAGUCCCUUUACUCAGCAUCCCACCAUCGACUUUGACGGCCUGAGCUGGCCCAGCUUGGGAACGCGGGAGCGCAAGGAAGCCACCGACGAGCAGAAGGAGGAGCGUCUCCAGAAACUCUCGGGCGCCGUGCGGACGAUUCUCGAAUGCCUUGGCGAAGACCCCAACCGCGAGGGUCUUCUCGAGACGCCGGAGCGUUAUGCCAAAGCCAUGCUCUUCUUCACAAAGGGCUACGAGGAGAACCUGUUCGACAUCGUCAAUCGGGCGGUUUUCCAUGAGGACCACGAUGAGCUCGUCAUUGUGAAGGACAUCGAGGUCUUUUCGCUCUGCGAGCAUCAUCUGGUUCCCUUCAUGGGAAAGAUGCACAUUGGCUAUAUUCCCAACCGUCGUGUCCUCGGUCUCUCGAAGCUUGCCAGGAUUGCGGAGAUGUUCGCGCGCAGGCUCCAGGUACAAGAGCGUUUGACGAAGCAGGUCGCUCUGGCCUUGUCCGAGGUGCUUCAGCCCCAGGGUGUAGCUGUCGUCAUGGAAUCGAGCCAUCUUUGCAUGGUCAUGCGCGGUGUUGAGAAGACCGGCUCGAGCACAACCACCAGCUGCAUGCUCGGACGCAUGCGGUCUACUGCGAAAACCAGGGAAGAAUUCUUGAACCUCGUUCUUGGCCGGCGGUAA